GUGCUUCUAGUUCCAACAUUACCUAAAAGUUCCCCACGCACAGCUGUUCCCCUGCCCCGCCGAAACUUUCUAGAGCUGCACUGCCAAGCCAUCGUCUAGCAAAGCCUCGUCGCAACAUUAACAAGGCUAAAUCUAGUAACACUUAUUGGAACGCAGUACUACCGUCAUUAAAUCCAGCAAGCCGAAUCCGAGACCAAGGAUUGUAUUUCUGUGCUCGUACAGCUUUCUUAUUUACUAUUUACAGCAACCAGAUUGACUACCAAUAUGGCCUCCUCCGGCGAGCCUUUCUAUAUCCGAUACUACUCAGGUCACUCCGGUCGUUUCGGCCAUGAAUUUCUAGAGUUCGAUAUUCGAGUAGUAGGCGAUGGUCGAAGCGCCGUGGCUCGAUACGCAAACAACUCCAACUACAGGAACGACAGUCUAAUCCGAAAAGAGAUGUGCGUCAGUUCGUUGGUGGUAGAUGAGAUCAAGCGCAUCGUCAAGUCGAGCGAGAUCAUGAAGGAAGACGACGCCAAGUGGCCACAGAAGAACAAGGAUGGUAGGCAGGAAUUGGAGAUCCGCGUGGGCAACGAUCACAUAUCAUUCGAGACAGCUAAGAUUGGUUCCCUAAUCGACGUGACGGAAUCGGCAGACCCCGAAGGACUACGGGUAUUCUACUACCUGGUGCAGGAUCUAAAGGCGCUCGUCUUCAGCUUGACAUCACUCCAUUUCAAGAUCAAACCCAUCUCGUAAAGAGCCAAGAUAGAUAAGGCGCACAGGUGCGAGUUUACGAUCAUCAUUAUGUAUACAUAGAGUAGUACGGCAUUUCCCCCCCCCCCCCCCGAACCCCUUACAAU